AUGACCUAUUUGUCAUGCUGUUACUAAAACUAAGCUAAAUUGUUUGUUACAACAGCCGCUUAUUAGUUCUAUUCUCUUCUCUAUUUCAGAUUUGAUUGACACCCGCUGCUGGUUUCUCAAGACAGUUCUCUCACUUUGUGGAACGAUGCCUUAGACAAAGUGGUACAGACAACAGAAGUCGCGGGACAUCACAAACAUCAUGACGGAACAAGAACCACCGCUCAGCUUUGGGGGCAUGGCCGGGGAGGCGGGUCUGGGCGUGGACCUGGCCCUGUACAACAACUACUCCACCUCCGACUUCUGGGCGGACACGGACGACAGUGACCUCCUGUCCAUGCUCAACACUCUACGCCGCGGCCCGCCCGACAUCGACAGCGAGCAGCAGAUCUUUAGGAACAGACUCACCUACUACCUGAUGGGUAUCGGCGGCAGCACUGUGUGUUGUCUGGGAACGAUCGCCAACGCGCUGUCCGUGGCUGUGCUGACGCGCCGCGCGAUGAGGUCCAGCACUUACAUGUACCUCGCGGCUCUCGCCAUCUGCGACUCUCUGGUGCUUUUCUUCACCCUGCUGCUCAUCCUCAAAGACACGCGCCCCCCGGACAGCCCACACCACCUGGAGCAGUUCCACGCCGUGCUGUUUCCCUUCAUCCACCCGACCGCCGUGGUCUUCCAAGUGACCUCCGUGUGGCUGACCCUAGCCUUCACGGUGGACCGCUACAUCAUGAUCUGCCACCCGUUCAAGGCGGAGCGGAUGUGCCGGCGGAGUCGCGCCCGGAAGGUGGUGGUCGGCAUCUACGUGGGCGGGCUCAUCUUCAACAUUCCCAAGUAUCUGGAGUACUACACCAAGUCGGAGGACUUUCGCCUGUCCAACUCGAGCGAGGUGUACACCAUCUACGGCAUCGAGACCACGGAGCUGGGCAAGAACGAGAUCUUCCGGGAGUUUAUCCACUCGUGGAUGUACCUUGUCUGCGUGUGCGGCAUCCCGUUUUUCACCCUGGUCGUGCUCAACGCCUUCCUCAUCCGGGCUGUGCACCUGUCGCGCUUGAAGGGCAAGGAGCUGAACGCCCGCGAGAAGCACCGCAACGACACCACCGUCAUGCUCAUCGGCGUCAUCAUCAUCUUCCUCAUCUGCCAGGGCCCGGCGCUCGUCUCCAGAAUGAUCUACGCCUUCAACCCGAUCUCCACCAAAGACAAAAACAUCUUCACGCUCAACGAGGUCGGGAGCUUCCUCGUCAUCCUCAACUCGGCCAUCAACAUCGUGCCGUACUAUCUGUUCGGAAGGAAGUUCCGCAGCGAGUUUUGGAGACUUUUCUGCACCUGCUUCUUCGACAAAGAUGAGUUGAGACGGAUAGUCCGGAGUUACAGCAACUCGAUCGACCACCGGCGCAUGAGCCAGUACAACGGCAUGGAGAUGAAUGGCAUGGCCGUCAACAACUGUAAUAUGGACAGAGACUUCAACAUCCGCGGCCUCAACGGCUUGCCGCCGAUCCCUGGUGAAGUCCCGGAGGGCGGGAAGGACCGGGUGUACACGUGUUACAUGGACCAGAACCAACAGCGCUACGGCGCAGGGAGGGGGGUGAGUGGGGGUGGUGGGGGUGCUGCUGCUGCUGCUGCCUCUCCGUCCUCCACGUCUUUCAGCUGUAUCGCGGGCGGCGGUGGCGGUGGUGGUGGUUGUAGUGGUGAUAGUGGGGGUUUUGCUGUAGCGUCGUCGUCUUCGUCUUCCCUGAUGAGGAAGAGCGAUACGUGUGACAGCGUGGCGGUGCCGCUUAUCCACAGCACCUCGGGCGUCGCGCCCACCACCAACUCCCUUCCCUCUUACUCCUCCCUCUACGCAGAUGGCAGCACGGGUGCUAACCAAGAGCAGCAGCAGCAGCAGGGUCACGUGAUAGGCCGUCACGUGACCACCUCCGGCAGCCGGGAGUCGCUGAGGGACCCGGCUGUGUGUCACACGUCAUCAAUGUCAAGGUCGUCCUCCAUACAGCAGUCGUCGCCGCAGACGUCCAGGGCGGUGAGCAACGGACACGUGCAGUACAUGACUGUGUCUUCAGGGCCCAAUGUGAGCGAGCCUGUCUGGUCCGCUGUUUGAACUGGUGAAAAAACAGACACAACCCCGUCGACGUCUCCACUUACUUACCAACUUACUUACCCCAGGCUUGCCAGCUGCCCUUAAUGUCCUGGUACUGACCCGAAUGCGGUUGUCAGGAAUUUGGGAGGACAUUAGACUUAAAUGAUACACCACACCAAAACCAGCGCAAUCUGGUGUGAUUUUGUUCGUUGUUAAAUAAUCUGAUGUUAUGACGUUGGGUGACUCCGACUGGGUUUUGAAAGAGUUGGCAAAGCUUGUUACGUUCGCCCUUUACUGAUACUGUGGAAAGAUCACAAGGCAGAGAGAUCUCGACGCCACGCGUGUCUGUCCGUGGUCAGUCUCCGUCGCUCGUUCGUUUGAAAGUGGCUUUAGUUGACUCAGAUUCAGGAGAACCCGGCGGCUGGAAUCCGUGCCUGAUCUGACAAUGAUCACCUGUAGAAUGCUGCUUAUUCUGUCAAUGGACUGGCGUCUGUGGUGCAGCUGCUAGCUGCUUCGCCGUCGCACGCAGAAAACCUGUAUUCGUUUCCCGUGUAAUGAGAAUUUGAUCGAGCGUCUUGGUCUUUCUGCUGGGACGUUGUAUCCCUUUCAGCCCGAGUUGUCCACGAUUGGCCUGACUCCUAGGCGAUCUAAAUUAUGUCGAUGGGGGCGUAAAAACAUCUAUAUUAAAAGUCUCCACUUGGCGUCUGGAAAAUCUGUUGAAGUUGACUCCAUUACAAGAGAUCUGGGUUUGAAUACGUGGCUGAUUUCAGUUGACGACGGUGGAGAGGCCCGAUGUUUGAAAUUGUUUUUGAUUUGAGACUAUCAUAGUGAGCACAGAUCGGCGACUCAUUGGGCAGCCAGAAAAUGGUGCCAGUUGACUUCAGUGUGAGCGGCCUGGGCAAUAUACCCACAAGCUUACCAACUGGUUAUUAAACUAAGACACUGGACAAUAGUGUGGGCGGUCCUAGUUCCAUUCCUGAACUGAUCCUGAUUACCUUCGGAAUGCUACUCACUCUUUCAUCACGUCGCACACAGAAGACAUGAGUUCGAUUUCCGAAUGGGGAGAAUUUUUCAUCGAAAGUUCUGACAGCCAAAGCAAGUUGUUUACUCCGAGUACCUGUUCAAUGAUAUGGUAUCUUGAAAUCUGGCGAAACCAGUACUAAAAAGUUCUAACUGCAAAAAUGUUGUUUGCUCAAUGGUGAACUUUGUCAAAAACAGCUCCAGAAUGUUUGAACUACAGUUUAAAAAGAAAUAAAGACAAAAAGCAACGUCUUUUUAUUUUGUUAAAAAGAGCCUCUCCACGCUAGACAUUCGAAACGAGGAAGCGUCUGUCCUCCAAGCUACAUGGCGUCAUCCUACCCUGCUGUGCCCUUCGCACCAGGUUCCUUCCUGCUCACACAGAGAUAGAUCACUCCCUCUCGUUUGUCGUUACCGGCUGUACCCAAAUGCUGUUUAUGUGCGGUACACACAUAUUUAUAUUCGACUUGUCGGAUUGCAGACAAUCGGAAUGAAGUAUGCAUACUUGUUCGACUCGUCGCAUGCACAUAGUCGAAUCGAGACGUAUACACUUAUUCAACUCGUUGAAUCUGAAUGAUCAAGUCGAGGCGUACACACGUUUUCGAGUCGUUGGAUCCUCAUAAUGGGGUCGAGGCGCACACGUUGGAUCUGCAUAAUCUGACCGAGGCGGAACGUUUGACAAAUCAGCACCCGCUUGCCUGUGGAACGGACAUGAGUCGAAAUGAACUUUGACAUAUAUAUGUGUAUAUAUGACAUGCCAUGCAACGGGUCUGAGAGGGAUUCUGUACCAAUAAACAGCGGUUUUGGUCAAAGUAAAAGACGCAUGUAACCGAAUGUGUC